CCGGAGCCGCACCGUGCUGCACAUUUCCCACUUUUAAGCGACAAAUAUGACUGAAAAGUCCUCCAUGCCUUUUCAUUCCUGGAUGUAUGAUGCUUCUCGGGUUUAUUUAGAGUAGUUUUUUGUUGUUUUUAUUUGUCAUUUUGUAUUUAUUUUUACGCGUCAGGUGAGCAUGUGUUUCAUUCUGCGGGGAUUGCCGAGGUGCCACCCGGAGUGAGUCGGGCGACAUGCGCCGCUGGGAGAUGAUUUUUAACCGACAGGCUUAUGGAAUAUAGCCCGGUUUGUCACAGCCUGUAUGCCCCCUGGUCCAGCCCCGUGAAGAAGAAACUACUCCUCCUCAGCAUCAUGUUUUUCAUCUGGGUUUACAUGCUGUACUCCUGCGUGGGCUACUGCUCCACCAUGCCCAGUUUGGUGGUGGACGGUUACCGGGGCAAGGAGACCGGUUCCGGGCUGGGUAAGAGGACAGAGAGCGGCAGGACGGACCUGGUGUCCAGACUGCUCGCGAAGCCGCAGCCGUGGGAGGAUAUAGAGAGCGACUACGAGGAGCCGUCCAUCAGGACCGCCGCGUCCAGGGACCUGCUCAAUAACGAGCUGGACACGGACUGGGAGGAGAUGCGGGACGACCUGCGGGGCGAGCAGCAGAGAGCCCCGGAGCCCAGCGCCAUGUCCAGCUUCUCCAACGGCUCCGGGAGCAAGAAGCUGCCGCAGGCGAUCAUCAUCGGGGUGAAGAAAGGGGGGACCCGGGCCCUGCUGGAGUUUCUCCGGGUUCAUCCGGACAUCAGGGCCGUGGGAGCGGAGCCGCACUUCUUCGACCGAAACUAUGACAACGGACUGGAGUGGUACAGGGAUCUAAUGCCCAAGACUCUGGAGGGGCAGAUCACCAUGGAGAAAACCCCCAGCUACUUUGUGACCAGGGAGGCUCCAGCCAGGAUCUCCGCCAUGUCCCGGGACACUAAGCUGAUCGUGGUGGUGAGGGACCCGGUCACCAGGGCUAUCUCAGACUACACACAGACUCUGUCCAAGAAGCCUGACAUUCCCUCUUUUGAGAGCCUUACCUUCAAAAACAGGACUACAGGGCUCAUCGACACCUCGUGGAGCGCCGUCCAGAUCGGCAUCUACGCCAAGCACCUGGACAACUGGCUGCAGUACUUCCCCAUGGACCAGAUCCUGUUCGUGAGCGGCGAGCGUCUGAUCAGCGACCCGGCCGGAGAGCUGGGCCGCGUGCAGGACUUCCUGGGGCUCAAGAGGAUCAUCACGGACAAACACUUUUACUUCAACCAGACCAAGGGUUUCCCGUGUCUCAAGAAGGCCGAGGGCAGCAGCAAGCCUCACUGCCUGGGCAAAACCAAAGGGCGGACCCACCCGAACAUUGAUCCUGAGGUGGUCCAGAGGCUACGGGACUUCUACAGGCCCUUCAACAUGAAGUUCUACCAGAUGACAGGACAUAACUUUGGUUGGGAUUGAUGUGAAGUGACAAGAGACUUUUUUUUUUUUGUUUGUUUUUGUUAAUUUGUUGAGAAGUUAUUUUUUGUCUUCUGUGAUUUAAUGGCAAGAUGUUGAGAUAUUGCUAUAUAUAUGUAAAAUGUACAGAAAUCUAUUUUAUAAUAAUUUAUUUUUAUUUCUAAGCAAUUAAUUCACUAAGCUGCCUAACCAUGUUUGUACAUAACAUCAACCCCACAUGUUGUUUUUUUUUAACAUUCCUCAUUUUUAUUAUGAACUCUCUCGCUUCUCCCUCAUGGUCCUGUAAACUCAGUGGAUUUAUCGGUGCUUGGUUAUGCGAAUAAUCAGCGACGAAUAGAGUAGAAUUAAGGGUGGAAAGUGUAAAAAAGCACCAAAUUACGGGUACGGAGUGCUCACAGAGAAGUGGAGAUAACCUUGUCAUGAACAUCCUCAUUAUAUAUGCAUCAUCGUCCUUACUAAGUUUUCUACAAUCCAAUUUUCCUACACUUUCAUUGGCCUGAGCUACAGAUCUUGCGUCCCUUUCCACUCAAUAACAGCUUGAUCAAUAGGCCUAAUUGAUCCUCAUUGUGUCACUCAUGCUUAAAGUAUACAGCUGCCCUUUCAUUCUCAGUGCUCCUGCUGCCUGCUCUAAUGAAUGGCCCAUCCAUCAAACGGUAAAUCCCAUCUUGGACUGCAUAAGGGCCCAUGUUAACAUUAUGCUAAUCGGGUAAAGGUAGCGGGCAGAUCGAUCGAGCCUCCGCUCUCUUACUCCCCAUUAGUAGCGGUUGUUGGCUGAGAGCCAGGCUCCUGCCCUAUCUGCUUGGUUCAAAGGUCACACAAAGUCUCAAUCAAAUUUCCUUGAGAGGCAUUUGAUUUGUUGAGGAGAGCGGG